AUGCGAGAGGAGACUUUCCUACUGCUGUACGGCUUGAGCCAUCUGAAUCCUCUGAAUGCGUGCACGUGGCCAGCCGUCGACGCUCUUUUCGUCGUCGACUCCACACCUUACGUCACGUCCUUCCAGCACCGUUCUCAGCUCCAGUUCUUUCGACAAGUGAGGAGAGAUGAAAACUCAUCAAAAAAGUCCUUUAGGUCCUAAGCAAAAUGAAGUUUGACGGUGACGGGAGCCGAGUUUCUCUCGCUCAGUUCACUCCGUCCGCCAGGCUGGAAUAUACACUUCUCAACUCUUCCAACAUCAUUAACACCAUCGAAGUAUUUUCGUUCGUCUUAACAUCGUCUCAAAUUGUCUUAGGACAUAAUGUAUUUUCCCUGCGAGCUGGAGCAGUGUCCCCGGACCAGUGUGAACAAUCUGGCCAAGGUUUCUCUAAGCGAUGGAAACCGAAAAGCAGUUCCUGACGUCAUAGUUGUACUGUCGAAUAGCGUCUAUCCUCUUCAGGAAGUGGUAAGAACUGUUGAAGAUAGCUUUUGCGCAUACUUGCAGCUGGAAAAAGAGCCGCUCAUUUCGCCCCAGUCGCCGUUGCACGUCUUCUACGUUGUUAUUGGCACUCAAGUCGUCGUUUCAAGGUUUCGAAGAGUCAAUUUGCGAUAAGAACCAUUUAUUUCUUUGUUCAAAUACUCUUCGAGAGAGCAAAAUCACUGAAAAUCUCGUAAAGAAAUCAGAACUAAAAAUUUUGAUAGAUUUUUAAAACUUGCUGCUAAUUUUUUUUUUCAAAUCAAAUAUUGAUCUAAUUCUUCCAUGCGUUAACGGUAGUAAGAGUUUGAGUCCAAUUUUUUAUUUGUAAUUGUUUGAUAUGAACACUUCGAAGAUUUUCAAGUUCAAUUUCUGAAAAGUAUAUGAUUGUAUAGGUUCGAGCCGUCGGCACACACUGUCGGGCUGAAGGUGACGGACUACGCGAGUCUCUCGGAGCUGGUGGAGCCCAUCUGCGAGAGCGUCAACGGCUACAUCCGAGGUUGGCAAGGGCGUCCGCGGUUGCCAAGUCGCGAGUCCCACCAAGUCGCCGCAUUCCCUGGGGCCGACUAAUGUCGCAUGAGUAAAAUCAUCCCCGACCUCUCUUGGUGGAACUUUCUGAACUGGAACUCGACGGCUUGUCACCACCACAAUGCUCAGAACACUGUUUUUUGGACCACUCCAUGUAAGAAGACGCUUUUCGUUGAAGACUUCCACAGGAUAUCGGAUGAUUCUUCCAUUUUCCGAUUCGCUAAUGAAGGAAUUGAAUUCAACAGCUGUUUGAGAAGAUUUUCAGGUGGCACAACAACUCGGUUUGGUUCACUUUGCUGGAUAAUCAUUGCCGUGACGGUGGUUAUAGCGGCGCUCCUUCUUCUAAUUCUUGCCUACGCUAUCCAUUCCUUCCGAGAAGAAAGUCUCGAUUUUCUCGACCAACUGUGAAAACAGCUCAUCUUGUUACAGAUAAAAGGUUACGGUAUCGGAUGAUUGAGAACGAGCGAGCGCUGAGAAAACAGAACGAGUAUUUUACCGCCAAACUGCACUCACAAAUGCAGCAGCAGAUAAAAUCUGGAGAAAAAUACGCGGAAGACAUUCUCAAACAGCAGGAGAUCUUACAGGCAAGUUCAUCUCCUUUAUUGUCUUCAGGGAAAAUUAUCUCCAGGCUCAGUUGGAACGUCAGCCUGUUUUCACGACUCAACCACAGCCGAUCACCGUUCCGAUUUAUCUCACAAAUCCAGCCAAUCCUUCUCAAAAUCAACCAGAACGGCCAAGGAGUCGAUCUCCAGCUGGCAGAAAGGAUCACAACGAAAACGACAUCGAGGUUCCCGACUCUUCUUUUUUUGCGACAGCUUUCUCCUAACUACUUUUCUUUUACAAGCUCAAGAAAUUGAUUUUUUUUAAAUCGUUUGCAAAAAAUGAAAUUGAUAUGGGCAGAAACUACAGAAAGUAAAAUCUGUAAGAAUAUUUCCUCGGAAAACUUGUUUUUUUCUCAGGAAAACCAUGUCACAAGUCCAGAAAAUGACGUCAAAACAGGGCAAGAAAAUGAAGGCGAUUGGAAGUCUGAAGAACCAAGUUCGAUGAGCGACGAAUCGAGUGAGCCUGAGAGAAAGACGCAUCUCCCACCGAAGCAUCCGGCUCUUUCUCUGCCUCCAAUCGACCUCAUGUUCCUCGUCGACACCUCAAGUAGCAUUGGCAACAAUAACUUCGAGAUUGUUUGUUUGGCCAACACCACUGAUUAAUCAAACGCUUUCAGUUGAAAAACUGCGUUUGUGAAGUUCUGAAAGAGGUGGACAUUGCUCCUGGACGGUCUCGAGUUGCGUUGCUGCAGUACGCCCAGGAUCCAAGUGUCGUUUUCGGGUUUGACCGGUUCUACUCGUAUGAAAGUGUCCGAAGUGAGAAUUAGAAGCGAAGGAAAUCAUGAAACAGUUUCAAGGAGGCGUCAUGCGACUUUCUUACACUGGAGGAGCAACGAUGCUGUCCAAGGCGUUGGCUUUUGCCGGCGGAAUCAUGUACAAAGAGCAAAACAUGAAGACUCAGCACCGUCGUCACAAAUUCCUGCCCACUCCUCGUCACGACCGACUUCAGGUAUCCGAAUAAGUUAUAAAAGACUUCAACUGAUAUCAAGGUUCUUUGUUUGGUCUCGGACGGUUAUUCUGACGACAACGCGGACAAAGAGAGCGUCGUUCUUCACGAAAAACUACAUGUGAAGGUCUGGGCGUUAUCUUUUGAAUUUAAUUUUCCCUUUGUCAUGAAACUUCGAUCUAACUAUCGGAAAACUUUUUCAAAUUCUACUAGUCGUCAAAGUUUCCACAGAAAUUCGAUAUGAGCCUACUUUCAGGUCUUUGCUAUCGUCACACGGAGCUUCAAUAAAGAAAAGCUGGUGCCGAUCACUAGAUUCGAAGGAUCCGUGUUCACAGUGCAGCAGAAGGAAAGUAUCGCUAUUUGGCUGUGGCGGCAGCAAGUGCGAAUAUUUUACUAGUUCAUUCAAAAAUUUACAUUCGCAGAAAAACUGGGCUGAAAACUACGCGACCUAUGUGGAGAAGGAGAAAGCAUUGGCUGCGAGUAGCCGUGAAAAAUGA